AAGGGAGAUAGUGUUUUAUCAUCAACUGGUAUUAGAAUAUUGUUUAUUUAUUUGUUUAUGAUUACAUCUGUGGUUACGUCAUGUUAAUAUAUUACACAUCAUAAAUUACACACAGUCAUACCUCAGUUUCCAAAGCUAUUUCGGUUGUUCUUUUAAAAAUGUAAGUUGCUACACAUGGACUACAAAGUUGUACUAUAAAAUUAAAUGUUUAACUUCAAGCUGGCGUACAAAACAUUCCCACUACUCAGCGAAGUUGAAUAACGCCAUAAAGUUUUGAGUUUGUCUUACCAUUGGUUGACAGUGAGUCACGUGACAAAGGUGCGCACGUUUACCUGCUCCAGCAUCCGCGAGUGAACGCACUUCUUGACAGGAUCAACUGAUGAACAGCACCGGAUCUUACAGUGCACGCGCGCGCCUUUUCGUGUAGUUUAAAUCGGUUUAAGUAGCCCGAACGGGUUAAUUAUACGCAAAUCCAUUUUAAAUGCUGUUAAAAAUCUCGCCGAGUUCGAGUAAUGGCACUGUCACAGCUUCAGUGUCUUGAUGACAGUCACGUCAACUUGCGCACUAACGAGUCGAAGCCGGAGUUCUUCUACAGCGAGGAGCAGCGGCUGGCGCUCGAGACGCUCAUACACGAGGGGCCAGGCGCCUACGAGGACUUCGUCAAAACACACAACACCCGCUGCUUUCUGUCGGACCUUGAACUUGAGAGGAUCCUCAGCACCGCGGAGGUGUAUAGCCCGGGCUCCCCCGAUCACACCGUUGAGCUGCUGCAGGGGGACAGCGAUGGGGAGGAGAUCUCCCUUCAGUACUGGCCUGACCGCUCGGACCGCUCCGUCCCGCGGCUGGACAUCGGUUGGCCGGACCGAGCGUCCUACCGCGGGGUCACUCGAGCUCAGGUGCACACCCAGCCCCCUUAUGAGGGGCAGGCACAUAUCAAAGAGGUCGUUAGAAAAAUGAUCUCCCAAGCACAGAAGGUGAUUGCUAUUGUGACAGACUCCUUGACAGACCUGGACAUCUUCCAAGACCUUCAGGAAGCUUGCACGCGCCGCAGAGUUCCUGUGUAUAUUCUUUUAGACCAGUCUUCUGUUCCUUCGUUCUUACAGAUGUGUAAAAACCUUCGUGUACAGCUGGAUGAACUGCGACAAAUGAAGGUACGAAGCAUAACAGGUUCUACCUACUACAUGAGAUCAGGAGCUCGGAUCACUGGAAAGGUUCAUGAGCGUUUCAUGCUGAUUGAUGGAAACAGAGUGGCCACAGGUUCAUAUAGGUUUAACUGGACAGAUGGCAAACUAAACAGCAGCAACCUUAUCGAAUUAUCUGGCCAGAUAACCGAGAAAUUUGACGAAGAGUUCCGCAUCCUCUAUGCCCAGUCCCUGCCACUGCCAGCGAAUACAAGAGCUCCCUCUAGUGCCAGAAGCAGCACUUUAUAUGACCAUCUUGUCCUCAAACCACCUGGAACGCCUCCCUCCUACUUGGCACGAACAACAAAGGCUCAACCAGAAUGUCUGACGAGCACUCCAGCCAGACUUCAUACCCUAGAGAUCCGACAGAUGAAUAAAGACACUGAAGAUCGAGACAGAAAGAGUAACCCAGUUUCUGAUACUUCCACUCUAGGUGAGGACUGGAUCGAACAAGAGCUCAGAGAGGAAGCUCUCGCCUCGGAUGACCCCCCUCUCUUGCCAACAACGAAUGUUACUACUCAGACUCAGACAGUCGAUGGGACGAUCUCUUCGCCUGCACCUUCCUUUGACAUUUCAACACAAACCGCCUGCCAAACAGCAGACGUGAGCGUGCAAACAUGUGCUGACAACGGCGCGCUUAAAUCGAAAACCUCGUCCAGCAGCAACAAGAUCAACCCCAAAACUUCAUUCGCUUGCAAUCUACAAGAGGUGGACUGUCACCCACCUGUCUGUCUUGCCCCGCAAGAGCUCAACCUGAGGGAGUGCUUCCUCAAGAUCACCAAAGAGAGACAGCACCACUACAGCUCCAUUCGCUCCAAACUCGACCACAUGGUGACACUGCUUUCUCACAGGAGGGAACUAGUGGACCUCACUAACCUGACGCUGGGGCCCGGCCUGCACAGAGGUCACAAGGGUCAGCAGGAGGGCAGGCAGGCUCACGGUGCAAUCGACAACGUGAUUAUGGGGACUUGGCCCAGGUCGAGAUGUCUGCAGUAACGUGAACACAGGAGAACAGCGCCGGUGGUGGUCUGCUAUGCUUUAGUACAGCACUUUUACCAAUCGGAACAAAGCUUGUAGAUUCAUCAGGAAAAUAGUUUGAAUGAUUUGUAUGCAAUAUAUAAAAGACAAAUGUGCAAAGAUACUGAUUUUCUUUUUCUGAACUUGAAUUGUACUCAUUGCAUUUGAUGGGUAAUCAUUAGCAGUCUUUAUAUACUGUGGUUGGAUGAACUAAAGUACUUUUCUUUUCGGUGAUGGCCUAUUUUGAAAUCCACUUUGUCUGUAUUUGGUUGUCUGUUUAUUUCUGUGUUGUUUAAAGUUGUGGAGUUAUGACAGUGACCUCCUUUGUAACACUAUUACUUUUAUAUUCAUAUAUUGCAAAAAAAUCCCAAAACAAUAGUCACUCGUGAUUAUGUGUUUGAUGUGCCUUGGAUGAUGUUAGAGAAAGGAAUGAAUCAAAACGGUUGUACUAAAUUGGAAAUGUUUGGUACUUUGACUAUGCUUGAGGCAUUUGAAUAUUUAUUUCACCAAAGAUGGUGGGGGGAAAAACAGUUCAUUGUUUAAUGAUUGCCUCAUUUUAAUAAAACUCUUCAUUUGAUGAA